GUAACGACAGCUCUGAUUGGCCAAUUGAUUGUGCAUUUCUCGAUCGCGAAGCUUCGAUUCACAGACUGAAAAUACAUCUGCGAAUUAAAAUUAAAAGAAUGGCAGAAACGACUCAGAUACCAGCGGUGAAGUGGGCUCAGAGAAAUGAUCGCAUUUUACUAGAGAUAAUGGUACAGGAUCAUAGUAAUGUCAACACCAAUGCGGAUUCACAAAAGCUCAGUUUUACCUGUCAAGGACAAGGCUCUGUGAAUUAUGCAAUAGACAUUGUAUUUUUUGAAGAGAUCGACCCAGAGAAAACAAAGUCGAAACUCGCAAGACAUAUAGAACUUGAAAUAUUUAGGAAAACACCUGGGAGCUACUGGCCAAGGUUACUCAAAGACAAGAUGAAGCAACAUUGGCUGUCAGUUGAUUUUAAUAAGUGGAAAGAUGAAGAUGAUUCAGAUGAUGAAUUAGGAGGAGGAGGAGGAGGAGGUGGAGGAGAUGAGCGAGGUCUAAAUGAGAUGCUGGCAAACAUGGGUGGAAUGGGCGGCAUGGGUGGAAUGGGCGGCAUGGGCGGCAUGGGUGGAAUGGGCGGCAUGGGUGGAAUGGGCGGUAUGGGUGGAAUGGGCGGUAUGGCAGGAAUGGGCGGUAUGGCAGGAAUGGGAGGAGCAGGUAUGGCCGAUUUAAUGGGUGGUCUAGGAGGAGGAGGAGGAGGAGGAGCUGAACCAGACCUUGGGGAUGAAGAUGACAGUGAUGAUGAACCAAUUCCAGAUCUUGAGGAAUCAGAAGGAAAGGAUUCGGAAGUCAGAUCUGAAUAAGAGUAAAAAUGGUUUCCAUCUUUUCAAAACAAAAGAACAUUGCAAGGAUUCAAGAAAGCUGAUGUAGGGACAUGAAGCAGCAGCAAGUUAUUAAUCACUACCACCUUUACACCUGCUAGUGUUGUAUGCAUUCCACUGCAAACCAGAUUUGAUAUACCACAGGAAUCCACAAUGAAAAACAGAAAUAUGAUAAUGACCAUGAUAAUUGUUCUCUUUUUUUUUUAGUUUUGUUUCUACAUUUUUUUAAUCUCGUGUGGUAAGUUUCAUUAUGUGUAUCUUUGAAAAAGAUUGAAAGCAUGCAGUAUGAAUUUGUUCCAUUCAUUUUUGUCUCACCUGCAUAGCAGAGUGAGACUAUAGGCGCCGCUUUUCCGACGGCGGCGGCAACAACAUCAAAUCUUAACCGAAGGUUUAGUUUUUGAAAUGACAGCAUAACUUCGAGAGUAUAUGGACCUAGUUCAUGGAACCUGGACAUAAGGUUGAUCAAGUAUUACUAAACAUUCUGGCCGAGUUUCAGGUCACAUGACCAAGGUCAAAGGUCAUUUAGGGUCAGUGAACUUAUACCAUGUUUAGGGAGUCAAUAUCAAAAUCUUAACCGAAGGUUAAGUUUUUGAAAUGUCAUAAUUAUGAAAGUAUAUAGACCAAGUUCAUGAAACUUAGACAUAAGGGAAAUCAAGUAUUACUGAACAUCCUGCUUGAGUUUCACGUCACAUGACCAAGGUCAUUUAGGGUCAAUGAACUUUGGCCAAGUUUGGGGUAUUUGUUGAAUUGCCAUCAUAACUUUGAAAUUUUAUGGAUCCCGUUCAUAUAACUUGGAUGUAUAAGUAAUCAAGUAUCACUUAAUAUCCUGUGCAAGUUUCAGGUCACAUGACCAUGUUCAAAGGUCAUUUGAUGUCAAUGAACUUUGGCCAAGUUGGGGGUAUUUGUUGAAUUACCAUCAUAACUUUGAAAUUGUAUUGGUCUAGUUCAUACAACUUACACAUACGAGUAAUCAAGUAUCACUGUACAUCCUGUGCAAGUUUCAGGUCACAUGACCAAGGUCAAAGGUCAAUGAACUUUGGCCAUGUUGGAGGUAAUUAUUAAAUUGCUGUCAUAACUUUCAAAGUUUAUAGAUGUAGUUUAUGACUUGUGGAUAGAUGAGUAAUCAAGUAUCACUGACAAGUCUUAGGUUGCAUGAUCAAGGUCAAAUUUCAUUUAGGGUCAAUUAAUUUAGUAUCGUAUCAUUGAAUGGUAUUUUUUGUGAAUAAUUAUUUUAUAUUAGUUUUCAAAGUCAGCACAGCUGCUAUAUUGAAUGGCGUUAUGCAAGUGAGACUACCAGAGGCGCUCCACUUGUUAGCAGAAUUCAUGUCGUGUAUAAACCCAGCAAUAUGACUGUAUAAAGAAUAAGAAAAGAGUUGGGGUUGGGGGAUGUAACAAGGGAAUGACAUACACAUAGCGGAUGUUGCAAGAAGAUCAUUUUCAAGGAAACCUUAUUUGUCUCUGCAGCUUAGAUUUCAACUAUCUUACUUCAUAGAGUUUUUAGCCUUUAAUUUGUCUCACUUAAGUGAUAAUUAGACCAUCGACUUGUUUCGGAUAUCUUUUAGCAAAAUGGAUACUGCUAAAUUCUUGCAUAGAUAUUUCAGAAUUUUGUUGUUGUUGUUGACUUACUGAAUAUUGUUAUCCAUAUGACAGACAUAUUUUUUUCUUUGAUAACAGUAUUGAAAACAAAAGUAUGCCAUGAUUCAAAUUGAAAAUAGUAAAAUUGUUUUGACAACUUAAAGAAAUAGUGUUUUUUUUCUUCAAAUUUUCCCCAUACAUCUCAUUAUACUUCUGGCUUAUCCACACAGACCAAAAUAGGAGCAUUUGAUACUUCAACAAACUAUUUCUACCAAUAGUCUCAUUGACUAAAUUAAUCAAAUAUGCUGCAUGCAAGUAUCAUCUCUUCAAAAAUCUUUUCCUAACAGAGGAAAAUGCAUAUCAUUGAAGAGAAAGAUAGUAAGAAAUUUUAUAGGAAAUGAAGGAAUUUGAGGGAUCUAUUAUCUUGCAGAUAUGUACAGUAGUUUGUGUUUUGAGGCUCAGUUCUUAACUCGAAAAUUGGAUCAAUGUUGGUAUUCAUAAUUAGUAAGAAGGGAAGGUACUGUAAGAAUACCAUAAUUUUCUUCACUGCUUGCGAAUAUGUUGAAUACCCACUAUUUUAAAAAUUUACAUGUGUCUCUAUAUAUGUUAGCAAUUAUUAUUUUUGUAUAUUUUCUAUUGCCUACUACAAUUUUAAUACAGACUACUACUGAUAAUAUCCUUUCAUGUAGAAAAUUUUGUUAGAAAUUUAAUUAUGACCUGUAAAGCCCUUCGGGCCUUUAUUUUUGUGUCAAGAAAACUUUUCAUUUUAUUGAUUAAUUAAUCAUCAGUUCCAUCAUUUGACUUUGAAUUAAACCAAAGCUUAAUAAUCCUGUUUGUUUUUUUCGGUCAAGUUAAAGUUAUUAGAAGCAUGUUAUUCAUAUGCAAGGAUAUGCAAGUAUUGGGGCACAAUAACAUUGAAGAUUUUGUUUAAUUUAUUAACUUAAUAUGACCUAGACCUGUAGGGCAACCUACCAAAAUUCUGGGAUGUACAUUUCUGGGGGAACCCUGCUUAGCAUCUGUACUACACAGCAAGAAUACCAGCGUUUAUUAGCCCAUCUUCUAUCUAUGACAACACCAGGUCCCAGUCUUACAAAGAGUUGCGAUUGAUCCGAUCAACCUCGGCUUUAUGGAAAUCCAUCUAUGUCAUAAUUUCUACUACAGGAAAUUUGCACAAUGUCUUUUGUAAAUAAAGAGAAGCACACUGAAUUUUCAAGAAAACAACGAAUGUAUAAAUCUACAUCAUAUCUGGAAAAUAUUUUGAUCAAAUAGGCAUUGUAAAUUUUGGUGUUGCUGGCUUUCCAUAGUUGUGGUUGAUCAGAUCAAUCGCAACUUUUUGUAAGACGGGGCCGAAGACGCUGUAACAUAAAGCUAAGUGAUUGUCAUGGGAUAGAUUUCUACAAUCGAUUGCAUUGAUUAUUAGCCUCAUGAAUAAUCACUUUGCUUUAUGUUACGGGGGGCCCAAGAGAAAUAGUAAAGCAACACCAGUUUAGAAUCUAACCAAUGUUAUUUGAACACUGAUUGCAGCUUUCAUGGGACUUGAUUAUUAUAUGCUGACACCAGACUUUGUGAAAGCAUUGGUAAAUCUGGUAGCAGAGACAUCUUUUGGGGCAAGCAAACUCAGCGAGAAAUUCUCUGGUCAAGUCUUCUUAGUCUUUGUGGCAACUGUCGGGCCAUUGAAAGUGAGAUGAUGAUUGUACCGCUCAUUUUCCAUAGGCAAUACACAUAUUGUCUGCUAGUCAUAAAUCUUUUCCUACCAUGGUUUGACUGUGAUUUAUAUCCGAUUGGUGUCAAAUUCCACAUGAAAACAGACGACAAUCCCCCUUCUUGGUAGGCCUGAAGCCAAAUUGAUUUUGUGUCAUAUUUAACUCCCAGGCCGGUGUUAAAUUAAAACCUGAGUUUUUGUAUUGUUAUUUUAUCAAAAUGCCCAUUUAUCAAAGUUGUUAAUUCAGACAAAUUAAAUUGUUAGUAUCAUACAGUUUUGUGACCCUUAAUGACAAUGAUUGACUGUUAUGUUAUUUGGGUGGUAUAUUUUGACCUAAUGUCCUAUGACUAACAAUUGAUUGUAAAUGUUAUACAUGGGUUGACAACUCUCUAUAGACAAACAGUUUUAAAGUAAAAUUUUAAAGAUUGUGCAAGUAUCUACAGGUCUCUGUUUUCGCAAGAAAGAAAUAUCUGGUGGGCAUUUCAUAAAGCUGUUCGGAAGUUACAAAUGACUUUACGAACGACUGAUGAUCCUUUCUUAGGCGCUAAAUCAAUAUCACUAAAGAUUUGGUUAUGUAAAUGCCAAAAGAAAGUCGUUCGUAAUGUCACUCUUAGCUUACGAACAGCUUUAUGAAACAUCCACCUGGACCUUGAACCAAUAUUGAAUGUCUAACUCAGAAAAGAUGGAAAAGUAUCUCAUGGAUUUUAAUUAGUAUCAACCAUCACUAAAAUAUAUUUUAGUGAUGUAUUUUAUCAGCCUGUUCAUUUGUCAGAAAACUAUGGACGUAGAAGGUUCAGUAAUCUCAAUGCCUUUGAUAAAUAUUUGUGCGUUACUCAAUGUAGAUCAUAUUGACCUGUGCUUUGAAACCAUUGAUAAACUAUGCUUUGAAUCUGUUCAUUGAUAGUGAUACAUACAAGUGUCAAACAUUAGAAUUGACCUGUGCUUUGAAACCAUUGAUAAACUAUGUGUUGAAUCUGUUCAUUGAUAGUGAUACAUACAAGUGUCAAACAGUAGAAUUGAUUACUUCUGGCGGGGUCAAAGAUGAUUGCAAAUAAUUUUCUUGACCAAUAAUUCAUCAAGGGUCUUAAAAUCAUUCAGGAAAAAUUUAAUAUUUGUCAUUGACUUAUUAUGUGGCAUUCUUCUAACCAUUUCUUGCAGAUAGAGUUGUGACAUAUUUCAGUACUUUAUUAAAUUUUCGUACGUAACUAGCAUAGUAGACCCCUAUGAUAAAUAUUACCCCUUCAUCAUGUAUUGUAGCGCAUGAAAUAAAAAGAUAAUGGAGAAAAUGAUGGCAUGCAAUAACAUAACAUGCAACCAUGCAAUGAAUAUGUUAACCAAAUUGUAUAAAUUUGUGUUUUUGAGGGUUUGUAGGUGUAUAUGUGUUCCACUGAUACCCUCUUACUGUGGAAUGUGGCUUUGUUUUCUGAAAAUGAAACAAUGUAAUUGUGAACUUUCCAAACAUAA